UUCAACGAUAGUCGCUAUCACCGCCUAUUACUCAGCAAUUACCCAGUCACCGCUUCUCUCUCAGCCUCUCACGGCGGCUCUGUCUCUCGCAGUCUCCAUCUCUAAAUACAAUUCAUCGACGGAAUUCAAGGAGGGAAGAGAAAGAUUUAGAUAUCUGUAGAUGAAUUAAUUCAUAUCUUCCGUGGACUUGAAGUUUUUAGGCAGUUUUGCAGAUUUGGAUAAUUUAGAGAACCGCAGAUAACUGACCUGCUCCUAUACUUAUCUGGGAAAUGGAUUUGCAUGGAAUUUUGAUGGAAGCUUUUACUUCACUGUCAGUGAACACCAUUAAAACAGGCCUUAUCUGGCUUCUAAGAGUGGCAUGGAUAGCUGGAACACUUCCUAUCCUCAUAGCUUCACUCCCUUUUCCAAUUCUCAAUUCAUUUCGUGCCCUUUUACUAAGCUUUGCCAAGAGAGGCAAGAUUAUGCCAUCUUCAUCCCAUAGGUUCACAGUUCCACAUAGUUUCUUUCUGCACUUCUAUUUGUUGGCUGUGGUUUGGACAACAUCCUUGUUAACGUGUACCUGGUACUUUGCAUACAAAGUUGCACCCUUGGGUACUGAAUCUUUGAGUUAUCCUUUUGCUGCUAGUCACUUGACAGGAGGGUCACAUGUUUUUUCCAUACACAAGUCUCGUUUUACCUCAGCCGAAGACAGAUUCAAUGUUUGGAAGUCUGUGUUCUUGUUGUUGUUGAUGGAAGCUCAUGUCUUGAGGCGACUUUAUGAGACCUUUAACGUUUUUAACUAUAGCUCUUCAGCUCGAAUGCACAUUUUUGGAUACUUAACUGGUAUCUAUUUUUAUACAGCAGCACCUCUGUCACUCUGUACAUUUUGUGUACUAGAGGCUUUUAAUUUUGCAGCUGAUCAAGUAGCUGAAUUUAAAGUUGAAGGCCAAGAACUGGUAUCAAUUACGGGUUUUGAUUUGUGGGGAUAUGUGAAACCUAUAACAAGGCUUGGAUGGUGCCAAUGGGCUGGUGCUGCUAUAUUUGCUUGGGGGUGGUUCCAUCAAUAUUGUUGUCAUGCAAUUCUUGGUUCACUUAGAGAACGCGGAGAUCGAACUGCUGAUUAUGUGAUUCCUCAUGAAGAUUGGUUUGAAAUUGUCUCAAGUCCACACUAUUUAGCUGAGAUGAUAAUAUAUGCUGGUCUAUUGGUUGCGAGUGGAGGAACUGACUUUACCAUAUGGCUACUUCUUGGAUUUGUGGUGGCUAAUCUUUCAUUUGCCGCAGCAGAAACUCACCAGUGGUACCUCCGGAAGUUCGAGGACUAUCCACAUAAUCGGGAACAAGAAAACAUGGGAAGUUUUUACAGGGGAAUGGAGGGGGAGCUGUCUUGUUGUUGCUCUUGCGAAGAAGCAGCAAAAACACACAGAUACACUGACAUCCUUGUCUUAUAACAACACUGCAUUUACAUGGGAUGUUGUUUCAUAUUGAUUGAUUCUUUGAUAUCUCUUCAUAAUGAAAAAUUGUUGUGACUCAAAGUGUAUUAUUGUUAUUGUUAGUCUGAUAAAUUAUUAUUAUUAUUUGGUCUUGAUGGUACCCACAAAGCUAGCUUGUUUCCUCAUGGGGAAAGAUUAAGGGGGUUAGAGUAAGUGGAACUACGAUCAUUACUAGAACAAACACUUUAUAUUUUUCAUAAAGGUGAUAUUAUAAAUGAAUAAUACACCUAUAAUAGGAUUUGAAAUUUAAAUUAUAUUUAA